CAUUGAGAGCAAUUUGUCCGAUUACUGGUGGAGAUAACAAUCUUGCUCCUUUAGACACAGAAACUCCAACAGUUUUCGAUAAUGGCAUCUACAAGGACAUGAUGAUGGAAAAGGGACUGUUGCACUCUGACCAACAGUUCCACAAUGGUGGCUCAACGGACUCCCAAGUUGAGGGUUACAGCAAAAAUCCUGAAGCUUUCGCUGCAGAUUUUGGGAAUGCGAUGAUCAAAAUGGGAAACAUUACCCCUCUCACAGGCACCAGUGGCCAAAUCAGGUUGAACUGUAGAAAAGCCAAUUGAGCCCGGAGUCCGGGACAUAUAUGAGCCUUCUUGUCUAAUUAUUACUAGAAUAAAGCGGCCAUGUACUUUUCACUUUUUUUUUUUUUUUCUCGUUGUUAUACUUUUUAAACUCCGCGUGUUCUGCUCAUUUCCUUCUCCCCUGCACCAAACAAGCCUUCAGCCAAGCCCAGCCACCACCGCCUACUCCUCUUGAAAAUUGGUAAGAUCUUGGUAAAAUUCCCUUCCUUUCUUGUUAAAUAACAAGAUUUAAAGCUUAAAACUCUCCCUAAACCAGAAAUUUCUCAAAUCUGCUCUGUUCUCCUGGCCCUGUCCGCGAGCUGCUCUUGCCGGUGAGGGUGCUUUCGGUUUUUUUGUUCCUCUCCAAGAUCCCGCCAGCCUUCCCACCGCCAGCUCCAAUUUCUUUGCUUGCUGAAUUUUCUGGUAGUGAGACCCAAUGCAUGGGGAGCCCGGAGGAGUGACGACCUAGACGACUAGGCAUUAUUUUGGACUUAGAUUUUUGUAGCUAAGCCGUUAGUCACUCAUGCUUGACUUAGAAAUUUUUGUAUACAGAACUUAGUUUUAGUCAUGAUUGUAUAUAUGAAGUUAAUAAUACUGGUAAAUAUUUGGUAAAUAAAAAAGGUUUAGAUCU